UUUUGACCUGACUCGUGAACUUAGCAUUGAGAGAAGGAAACACCAGCGUCCUCCCCACCGGAAAGGAACGAGUCAUCCAGAAACUGUGAGACCCCUGGUUUGAUCGCUUGUACUGUACACUACAAUACUCCUGUGUCGCAGUGUGUAGUGAUUUUGCCUACAUCUUAUUACACCGUGAGGCAGUGGGGUCACCAUGCAGUGAAGUAUCUUUGAGGCUCCAGGCACCCUCAUUGGAUAAUGGUACCUUUACCUGGAGCAGAGCUGGUGCAGAGGCCCUUACAGCUGUAUCGGUACCUUCUUCGCUGUUGCAAGCUACUUCCAAAUGAGAAUCUUCAACAUCAUUAUAAGCACGCAGUGCGACAGAGCUUCCGGGUGCAUGCUGAUGAGGAUGACUCCGAGAGGAUACGACAGAUUAUUAAGAGGGCCAUAGAGGAUGCUGACUGGGUAAUGAAUAAGUAUAGAAAACAAGGCUAACAGCAUAUGAAGACUCCUAAGGCUUCAUCGUAAGGGUGACGGACAAUAUAUUACGUUAUUUGAUCGGAACUCAAGAACCUUAAUCCAUCUCAAUGACCUCUACUCAUAAACAAGAACUCUCUUUCCAGUCAUGUGCUCUGCAGUGUUCAAGGAAUAUUUGUAGUCUACAGUGCCUACCAUCAUUUAUACAUGAGUAUUAUCUGAAUUGGUGGUUCACAUAAAAUAUAACCGAUGGAAAUGCCUCCUACUUCAUGAAUAAUAGUUGUUACAUAGGUUAAUAUUAAAAGGGUUUUCCGAGAUUUUAUUACUAAUGACCUAUCCUCUGGUUAGGUCGUCAGUAUUUGAUCGGUGGGGGGUCCAACACCUGGGACCCAUUC